CGCCUGCAUUCUCUUUGCAGAUGACGUCCAGCGACAAGGACUUCAGAUUUAUGGCAACUAACGAUCUGAUGAGUGAACUGCAGAAGGACAGCAUUAAGCUAGACGAUGAUUCUGAGCGCAAAGUUGUAAAAAUGCUUCUUAAGUUAUUGGAAGACAAGAACGGAGAAGUGCAGAAUCUUGCCGUCAAAUGCUUGGGCCCGUUAGUCAAUAAAGUGAAAGACUACCAGGUGGAAACUAUUGUGGAUGCUUUAUGUACCAAUAUGGUGUCGGACAAGGAGCAGCUACGCGACAUCUCCAGCAUCGGCUUGAAGACUGUUAUUUCCGAGCUUCCUGUGGGUUCUAGUGCUUUAGUCGCAAAUGUUUGUAGACGCGUUACAAACAAAUUAAGCAGCGCCAUUGAAAAGCAAGAGGAUGUAUCCGUACAAUUAGAAGCUCUCGACAUCGUGGCCGACCUGUUAUCCCGAUUUGGCGCUCUGCUAGUCACAUUUCACCCUACAAUUCUGGCGGCGUUGUUACCGCAACUCUCCUCGCCACGACAAGCGGUACGUAAGCGCACCAUAGUGGCGCUGAGUCACCUAUUGACGUCCAGCAACAAUUAUUUGUACAACAAACUGCUGGAUCAUCUCCUCGAGGGUCUUCAAACUCAAACGGCGAAGAAUGUCAUACGUACCUACAUCCAGUGCAUCGCUUCUAUCUGCCGGCAGGCGGGUCACAGAUUCGGCGAGCAAAUAGAACGUGUCAUGCCGUUGAUCGUUCAGUACAGCAACGAGGACGACGAUGAAUUGAGGGAAUAUUGUUUGCAGGCAUUUGAGUCUUUUGUUUAUAGAUGUCCGAAAGAAAUUACGCCGCACAUAAACAAGAUUAUAGAGAUCUGCCUAAUAUAUAUUACAUACGAUCCGAACUAUAAUUACGACGAUGACGUCAACGAUUUCUCUGAUGGAGAAGGCGCCGCGAUGGAUGUGGAAGAAGACGGAGAGGAAGAUGCGGAGGACGAGUAUUCCGACGACGAUGACAUGAGUUGGAAAGUUCGUAGAGCAGCUGCAAAGUGUCUAGAAGCGGUUGUAUCCAGUAGAAGAGAGUUAUUAUCAGAUCUUUACAAAGGCGUUUCUCCUGCAUUAAUUGCCAGGUUUAAAGAAAGGGAAGAGAAUGUCAAGUCAGACAUCUUUCACGCAUAUAUCGCUUUGUUGAGGCAAACAAGGCCGGCUACCGGAGUUGCGCUUGAUCCUGACGCGAUGGAAGACGACGACGGACCCGUUUCGCUGUUGCAACAGCAAGUACCGCUAAUAGUGAAGGCGGUUCACCGUCAGAUGAAGGAAAAGAGCAUUAAAACAAGACAGGAUUGUUUCUCUUUGCUGAAGGAGCUGGUGCUCGUUUUGCCUGGAGCUUUAACUAAUCAUAUUCCGGCGCUGAUCCCCGGCAUACAGUAUUCCCUGGGAGACAAGAACUCCUCGUCGAAUAUGAAGAUCGAUACUUUAGCCUUCGUGCACACGCUCCUGGUGACGCAUCAACCCGAGGCGUUCCACGUUCACAUGCCCGUUUUGGCACCUCCGAUUAUACUGGCUGUCGGCGAUCCGUUCUACAAGAUCGCUGCCGAAGCGUUGCUCGUGUUGCAGCAGCUUGUGCAAGUUAUCAGACCUCAUGAGAAACCAUUCUACCGCGGUUUCACCUCGUUAUCCAACGAAAUAUAUCACUGCACUUUGAUGAGGCUGAAAACGGCGGAUAUCGAUCAAGAGGUGAAGGAGAGAGCUAUCGCCUGCAUGGGACAGAUCCUUGCGCACUUUGGCGACACUCUGUCGGACAAGCUGCACGUGUGCCUGCCCAUCUUCCUGGAUAGGUUGCGCAACGAGAUAACAAGACUCACCACUGUUAAGGCUCUAACUUGCAUAGCCGCGUCUCCCCUGAGGGUCGAUCUGAAACCGAUCAUGGAAGAAGCAAUACCCAUUCUUGGAUCCUUCUUAAGGAAAAAUCAACGCGCUUUGAAACUCUCCUCUCUCCCGCUUCUGGAUACAUUGGUAUGCAAUUAUAGCUCGGCUCUGCAUCCGGAUUUACUUGAUAAGGUUACUACAGAGUUACCUGCAUUACUAAACGAGUCAGAUCUGCACAUUGCGCAGUUGACGCUGAAUCUUCUCACUACCAUAGCAAAGUUACAUCCGACUGCUCUGACUAGGGUUUCUGAACAUAUCUUGCCAGAAAUACUCAUUUUAGUAAAAUCGCCGCUUCUUCAAGGUGUCGCAUUAAAUUCUAUGCUCGAGUUUUUCCAAGCCCUAGUUCAAGCAAAUCUGCCGAAUCUUGGAUACAGAGAUCUUUUGCAGAUGUUAAUAGUACCGGUUAAUUCAUCCCUACUUCAUAAGCAGGCUUAUCACUCGUUGGCCAAGUGCGCGGCCGCACUGACAAUCACAUGGCAGGACGAGGCACAGUGUAUUGUACAACAGUUGCUGAAGGACGUUCAGAAUCCAUCUGACAUUCAGAACGUUGCGCAGCACAUAUUCGCCUUGCUGGUCAUUGGAGAAAUAGGACGACAUGUGUAAGACAAUUGUGUGAUAGAUUUCU